AUGUUUUCUAAAAGGUUUCUUUCAACUUCGGUUGCCAAGGCCAAGAUCACCCAGUUGGCCAACGGUUUGACCGUUGCUACCAAAUCGGUGCCAUCGUCAACUUCCACGAUAGGUCUGUACUCUGCCGCCGGUUCCAGAGCUGAAAACCCAUACAACUCGGGUGUUUCUACUCUGUUGGGAUCAGUUUUGGCCAAGUCAGCGUACUCUUCGUCGCUUGCUUCCGGUGUUAUUGUCAGUUCCUCGAACUCGAAGGAGACCACUGGUGUGACAUUCUCCUUCGCCAACGGAGCUCUAUCAGAUGCUUUGUCUGUUUUCGAGAAGACUCUUUCCACCAAGGCUGUUGAAUCCACCUUCUCCGACGCCGAGUUAAUCAAGUCGGAGGCUGAAAAGGCUGCUAGCUUCUCCGAGUCUCUCGAGGAGAAGCCAAUCGAGAGAGUGUUGGAGCACCUGACCUCCACUGCUUUCCAGUCCACCUCAUUGGCCUUGCCAACUUACGGUAAGGCUGAGACUGUUGGUACUCUGGAACCAAUGGACUUGACCUCCUUUUUCGGAAAGUACUUCAUCAACUCCAACCUGGCUUUGGUUGGUACCGGUGACGUGGACCACGAGAAGUUGAUUGAGUUUGCUUCCAAGUUGACCUUUGCUUCCGGUGUCAAGCCAGUCACCAAGCCAGCCAAGUUCUUGGGUUCUGAAGUUAGACUCAGAGACGACACUUUGCCAUCUGCCUACGUUGCUAUUGCUGCCAAGGGAGAGUCAGUGCUGUCGCCAAACUACUAUGUGGCCAAGGUUGCGGCCAAGGUCAACGGUAGCUACUCUACUGCCAGCCCAUUCUACAAGUUGCAGGGUGGUAAGCUCGCUGACUUGGUCAGUGAGUAUCAUUUGGCUGACACUUUCUCGCACUUCUCUACCUCCUAUUCCGACACCGGUCUUUGGGGAUUUGUCACCAAGAGCUCCAACAUCGACAACUUGGAUGACCUCAUCCACUUCACCUUGAAGGACUGGGGUAGAUUGUCCACCUCCAUCUCUGAGGCUGAAAUCGAGAGAGCCAAGUCCGCUUUGAAGGUUGAGCUGUUGGGUACAGAAGUCACUCCAUUGGAGGCUUCCGACAAGCUGGCCUCUGAUGCUCUUGUUUCUGGAUUCGAGGCAUCCGCAGCUGAGAUUGUUUCCAGAAUCGACAAGGUGACCACUUCUGAUGUGACCAAGUGGGCCCAAGCUACCCUCUACGACCAGGACAUUGCCGUCUCGGGCACUGGACAGAUCGAGGCCUUGUUUGACUACAACCGUAUUAGAAACGACAUGUCCAUGAUGAGAUGGUAA